AUGCCCAAACCAAAAAAACGAGGGCCCUAUAAUAUUAUAACAGAUGAUUUGUAUGAUUGUAGGAUUCCUUUACAUAAUGAGCUUGCUUACCAACAUGGUAUUCACUUUGAAGCUAAGUAUAUUGGAAGUAUGGAAAUUACAAGACCGGGUACAAGAAUAGAGAUAGUUGCUGCAAUGAGGCGAGUACGGUAUGAAUUUAAGGCUAGAGGUAUACGUAAACGGCCUGUUGAUAUAACAGUAUCAGUUGAUGGAGUUAAAGUUGUCCUUCAAAGAAAAAAAAAGCAACAAAAAGAUUCAUCAUGGGAUGAAUCUAAAUUAUUAGUAAUGUUUCACCCUAUUUAUAGAAUAUUUUAUGUUUCACAUGAUUCUCAAGAUUUACAAAUUUUUUCAUAUAUAGCAAGAGACGGGGCUUCAAACACCUUCAAAUGUAAUGUAUUUAAAUGUGAUAAAAAGGACGAGGACGAUGAAAAUGAAACGAUGUCACAGGAACAUCGUUUUUAUUAUCUGAGAUUAAUGGCUAAAGCUGGAAAUAAAAAUGAACCAAUCAAAAUGAAAUUUGUUCGCUGGUCUAGUCCAAAAUCACACCAUAUGAGUGUGGAUGAUGAUGCCAAUUUAGAGAGUCAAGCAAUGCGUGUAGUUCGAACAAUUGGACAAGCAUUUGAAGUUUGUCACAAGAUCUCACAAGAACAAAUAGCCAAUACACCUGGAGGAAUCGAUAAACAUCAAACGGAUGAUGGAGAAUCUUCUAGUAGUGUAUUUCAACAACAAGGGCGAAACACUUCUGCUAGAAAUUCAGUUGCUGGUUUACAGCUGUUAAAUACUGAUAAUGAGGAUGAUGAUGAUGAUAAUAAUAACCAAUAUCAACAAAUAAAGCAGGAUGACAAAUUAUCUACUGUAAGAGAAGUUUCAUCAUCACCUGAACCUAAUAUAAUGCAUGAUAAUCGAAGGCCAAGCAUUUAUUUACCUCGAAAAAUUUCAACUGAUCUCUCCUCCUCUGCUCAGCCUCCUGAUAUAACGAAGGUUCCUCAAGGCACCUCAACCAACUUAACAUCUAAUAUACCACAUAAAUCUUCUGUUACUACAUUCAAUAAUACUAAUACUACUACUAGUAAUAAUAAUACAUUUAUCCCUACACAAAUGAAUCCUGUAGCAUUAGGAAAUAAUAAUUUAAGUCAACCAAAUAUUCCUAAUAUAAUUCCUAGUAUAAGUAACGUCUUUCCUAUGGGUGGUACAUUACCUCAUUCCAAUACAUGGAAUAUUGGAAAUUUGCCUAUGGGAACUUUCCCAUCACUUCAAUCACUUGAUCCAAAUUUUAAUACACCAAUAUUAGCUAAUAAUCCAUAUCCAACAAUUUAUAAUUCAGCUUCUGUACCAUUUGGUUUAGGAUCACCUAUUAUAAUGCCACCAGCUGGAGGAAUUGGUAAUCAAAAUAAUCCUGGUACAAAAGAUAAUGAAUUGGUAUCAGAAAAUGUUAAAGGAGCACUUGAUCAACAACAAGCAAUUCUUGAUUCAACAAUGGUAAAUACUGCAUCUGCCUUACAAUUAACUCGAUCUCUUGAACAAUAUAAUCAACAAUUAAUACGAGCUCAAUUAGACCAAGCACAACAAUCUGCACAGGUAGCUGGAUGCCAAGUUCAGUUGUUACGUGAUCAAUUAACAAGUGAAACAACUGCUAGAAUUGAAGCACAGUCAAGAACACAUCAAUUAUUAAAUACAAAUAGAGAAUUACUAGAUCAGGUAUCAUCAUUAGUACAAAGACUCCAAAAUUUAGAAUCAAGACUUUCUACAGAAAUUCAUUCAGCUUGUCAAUCAACGGGAAAUAUACCUACAAAACAGAGCAUUCCAAUGACAAGGGCACAAUUUUCUCCUAUUAAAGUUGGCCCACAAUACAUGGCAAAAAGUGAAGUUUUUUAUCCUAAUGCUUCGGGAGAUGUUAUAUGUGGACAACCAUCACUUUAUCAACCAUAUCAAAUGACAACAUUAGCAGAUUUAAGAUCAGGUUCAUUACCACCAAUCAAUAAACAAGUGCAAGAUGAACACGGAAAAGAAAAAAUUAAAUUAAGAAAAGGUAGAGAAGCUAAUGGUGCAAAGACAGAACCUGAAUCAGCUGCUGAUGAUACAAGUGAUUAUUCUGUUUCUGAAAUAUAUGAUGGGCCUAGUCAAAAAACAUCUAUAUUUCAAUCACAUAAUCAACCACCACCUCCGCCAACAACUAGUAUGCUGCCAACAACAUCACAUCAAAAUUAUUCUUCAAAUAUUGAUAAUAAUUCAUCUAAUACUUCAUCAACAAAAACAAAUAAAAAAGGUACAGAUUAUAUACAAAGAUAUAGUGAAGAUUCAUUAGGAACUGUUAAUACAUAUGUUCAGUCAUCAUUUGGAGAUGAUAAUGGAAUCUUACAAACACAAACAAUUCUUAGAAAAGAUUCAACAAUAGUUGAGUUACCAAAUUUUAAGAAAAAAGAUAAAAAUAAAUUUCAAGAUAAAGAAUUUUAUCGAAUGUCAUUUAAUAAAAUGUUACAGGGAGGUAAACCAAGGCAAACAAAAUAUGAAAAACAGAUACCAGAGUUAAAUGAAACAGAUAUUUUAGAUUCACAACCAAAUCAAGAAGAAGAUAUUCCAAAACUUGAAAAAAAGAAACAUAUCAAUAGUGGUGGUUCAAGUAUGAUGAAAGAAUUUCUAACAGGAAAUCCAAUUCAGGGAAGUACCUUUUCUCCAACAGUCAAAGGAUUAGGUAUAGAAAAAAAAUUAAAUAGAUAUAAAAAUGAUAAUGCUAAUUUUUCUCCAGCAUCUGCAUCACUUUUUACAGCAAUGUAUCCACCAAGUAAAAUACAUAUAAAUAACCCUAUCAAUCAAUUUGAAGAAAACAAAACUAAGGGUCGUUUUGAUAAGACAAAACAGAUGACAAUGAAUAGAGCAAAGUCAAUAGAUAUUGAUCAUUUAGGAGCAGGAAAAAUAUUUGAAAAUUUAAAAACAGCAAGUCCCAAGAAUAAUUUAAAAAAAAGAAUUUUAUCAUCAGAAAAAGUAUUAUUUCAUCAAGAUGGUCAGAUAGAUGAUGGUGAAAAAAAAGGAAAGAAAAAUAAUUUACAAUUACAGACAUCUAAUACUGGUAUAGUUUUUGGUGUUGAAAUAAAAAAACCUCAAACAAUUACAUCUUUUAAUGUUUCUCCUUUUUUUACAAAUUCUCAACAAAAUGAAACACCUAAAUCAUCCACAUCAACACUUGAUUCAGAAAAGUUUUUAUCAAAAACUUUUCAACAUUAA